GUUUAAAAAUCGAAUCAGUAUAAGUCUCAAUGUAAAUUGGUUACGAAUAAAAUGUGAAUUAUAUCAUUCAUUACAUAAGAAUCGGAUUUGAUGAUCCCUCGCUCUUAUGAUACAAUACCAAAAGAUAAGUUGAAGCACCUAGCAAAUUCUAUAGUACGUCUAAUCAUAGUCGUCAUAGUACAUAUGCCAUUAAUGUUGUGACGUGUUAUUUUUUUAACCAAAUAAAUACCGAAUUAAUCCUGAAGAUUGGCUGAAAACGUACAGAUACCUUAGGUAAAAUGAUGCAAGAUGAGCAUCUGGGUGGUCCUGCAAAAAGGAAUAUUUUUAGUCAAGCAAUAGGAAGAAUUUCACAAGUAUAUCAAAGAUACUUGGAUCUGUGGACUCCUCACGUAAUAUCAAGAUGGACGGUUGCUUUGUUACUAAUAUUUGUUUUUAUUCUCCGUAUAUUUCUUUCACAAGGAUGGUACAUUGUCACAUAUGCACUAGGAAUUUAUCACCUAAAUUUAUUUAUAGCAUUCCUUACUCCUAAAAUUGAUCCUGCAAUGGAUUUCGAUGAUGGUGAAGGACCCGAGUUACCUACUCGAUCGAAUGAAGAAUUUAGGCCAUUUAUUAGAAGAUUGCCCGAAUUUAAAUUCUGGUAUUCUGUGAUGAGGUCUACAGUGAUCGCAAUGAUAUGCACUCUGUUCGAUUGCUUCAACAUACCAGUAUUUUGGCCCAUACUUGUUAUGUAUUUCAUAACGCUGUUUUCCAUUACUAUGAAGCGUCAAAUAAAGCAUAUGAUCAAAUAUAGAUAUCUGCCUUUCACUCACGGAAAACCAAAGUACCAGAACCACGAGAACACUUCGAGUAUCUCACAUGUGGAAAAUGAAAAUAAUGAAAUUCCUUCGAUUUGAGAAAAAAAUGAACAACAGUCGGAUUCUUUUGUCAGUGACUCUUUAAAAAUAUGAAUAAGAUCGAAACAAGAUCAUUGCCUCGUACAAGAGAAGGUUUAAUCCAUGGAAAAAGUGUAACGCUAAACAAAGUAUAAUGUAUGGUAUAUAAACUGAAUUGUCGUAAUAUAUUUGUAUCAUAAAACUUGUACAAAGUAUUGUUAGGUCUUACAUAAACGUGGGCACGGUAACAAUAUGAACAGUACAGCAGUUGUUAAUGUAAUAUUAAAUGACUAUUGAAUGUAAAGAAAACAAAAAACAAAGGUAAUUCAUACAUAUAAGAUUCGUAAUCUCAA